GGCGCGUGCCGGUCUCAGUUACGCGUGGGGUACGUGCGGGGAGGGAGUACAACGCCGGGUGCGAUAAGCCCGAGUACUGGGCUGAGACCGGGGGGGCCCCGCUGGCCCGGUGCGCAUGCGCAGUCUGACCCAAACCCCAGCCUUUCGCAGCGCGCCGUCCGUGUUUUCAAUGCGUUUCCCUCCGCGCGUCACUCCCGGCCCCGCUGCGAUUGGUCCCUGGGCUGAGGCCGCCGCGGUGUUUGACUGCGCGCUGCAAAGAGGCAAUAGCAGCAGUGCCCGCCGUGAUCACUGCGCACCCUCAGGGCGGAUGCUGAGGGGGCCGCUGGUGCAGUUACCGCCGCGCAGUGCCGGGGGGCGGAGGAGUAGAGCGAGGUGAGAUGGGGGGGCGGCGUGUUCCUCUGCGACCCAAAUCUCUGGCUGCGGGCUGGCGGCUUCUGCCUGCCCCCGCCGCUCCGCGCAGCUGCUGCCCGGCCCUGGCUGGGGGCUCGGCGGGGGGGUUGUUUGUUUGUUUCUUUGUUUCCCGCCGCAGCACUUCAUUGGCUCCCGGGUGCGCCCACUGCUUCUCGCGGUGGCAAGAGCCGGGCGCUGCGCAUGCGCGGGUUAGGCAUUCGGGCCUGACGGCGCGUGGCUGCGGGGCGGUUCGCUGGGGCAGGGGAGAGCCCUGCUCACUGUCUCAGUCACUUGCAGGGCAUCAGUGUGGGAGGGGCACACGCAGGCUGAAGGGGUGGCAAGGCUGGGGGGGAGGGGCUGCAGCUCAGCUUGUGGGAGUUAUUAGCUCAGCUGGGCUGGGGGAGGAGGAGCAAUUGUCACCCACCAUUCUGUGCUGCUUGUGGGUCAGGCUUUGAGUAUUGGGACACACUAUCUGGGGGCAGGGUUUGGGGCAGUGGCUCCUGCUGGGCAAAGGCCUUUCCUCCGGCCGGCUCAGUGCUGCCUGCCCCCUUCUCUGUUGUUAAAUUAAAAAAAUUCAGACCAGCAUGUGUCGAAUGUUCACGCUAGGCUGGGGGGCAGGGGCUGAGAGCUGGGUACGGGUCAGGGACACGCAGAAGGACUGCGAGAGAGGGCCACAAAGUGUGUGGGUGAGGGAUUUGGACACAGGAUCAGGAGGGGACUCUGGUAUGACUGACACAGAGGCAGGGAGUUCUAGCUUGCCCAGUUGGUUGGGGGUGUCCAGUGCAGGCCCAGGCACGGGCAAUGAGUGAGCAAAUCUUUGGGGGAUUUUUGGUUUUAAUUUUGAUAUAUAUUUUUUUUUAUCAUCAGUGCUGGUACCUCACACACAUGCCCUCCGGACCUGCCCCUACGUUUCUGAGUUCAGGAAAGUGAAACUACCCUGUUCCCCAGCCCAGAGGCAGCUAUAGCAGCAGAGAGCCCUGUGGAAAAUCUCAGGGAGGAAGUGACUCGUCCCGUCUGUCAGGAAGAUUUUACAGCCCCUGUCACUCUGGAGUGCGGGCACAAUUUCUGCUAGGCCUCCUUCAGCCAUCAGUGCAGAGUCCCUGAGCAGCAGGGACUUCUCCGGCCCAUUCGGCAGCUGGCAAACAUGAAAGAACUAGAGAAGCAGCUGAAUGUGCAGACAGCAAAGAAAGCGAGAUGGGACAAGGUGUGCAGGGAGCACCAAAAGAACCUGAAACCGUUCUGUAAAGAGGAUCAAAUUCCUAUCCGUGUGUCCUAUCUGAGAUCCCGGGCUCACACAGUGGUGCCCAUACAGGAAGCUACCCAGGAGUACAAGGAAAAAUUGGCUGCCCAUUUGAAGACUCUGAGGGAAGAGAGAGAAAAGCUGCUGGGAUGGAAAGCGAUGCGGGAGGGGAGAAUCCAGGAGUAUCUGAAACAGACACAAGUCGAGAGGCAGAAGGUUGUGGCUGAGUUUCAGCAGCUGCGGCAGUUUUUGGAGGAACAAGAGCAACUCCUGCUGGCCCAGCUGGAGAAGCUGAGUGAGGAGAUUGGGAGACUCCAGACUGACACUGUUAGGAAACUCUCUGUGCAGAUUUCCCAUCUCAGCGAGCUGAUUGAUGAGCUGGAGGAGAAGUGUCAGAAGCCAGCAAAUGAAUUCCUGCAGGACAUCAGAAGCACCUUGAGCAAGUGUGAGAUGGGGCAGUUCCAGCUGCCGGAGGAGAUUUGUCCUGAACUGGAAGAACAAGUCAGUUGUCUAUCCCGGAAAACGAUUGCGCUGUCGGAAACUCUGAGGAACUUCAAAGACACUCUGCCCUCUGCACUGGAGAGAGCAAGAGAAAAAUCAGUGGGAGCUUUCAGACAAGGCUGCAGAACACCCACGUCUGUCUCCAGCUCAGCCCCUGGCCUGCAGAGCCAGGGACAGGAAAUGGUUGUAGCGGAGCCGGUGAACUUCCAGGAGGUGGCUGUGUAUUUCUCUGAGGAGGAAUGGGCUCUGCUGGACCCGGGCCAGAGAGCUCUCUACAGAGAUGUGAUGCAGGAGAACUAUGAUGCUGUGAACUGGCUGGGAUUGCCAGUGUCCGAAGCUCAUGUGAACUCCUGGAAGGAGAGAGGGGAGAAGCUGCAGAUCCCAGAUCUCCAGGGCUGUGAGGAAGGAGAGAUCAUCAGUGAUACUCACACAGCAGGUGAGGGGAUGCUGACUAAGAACAGUGAGAGGAGUCUUCAACAAGAAGGACCAGAGCAAAUGGUUCCAUGUGGGAGGUUACUGGAAAGAUCUGAAAGCCCUGUGCAGGGAGACACCUGUGAGAAACAGUGUAGCCCACAAAGGCAGCAAAGAAACCAUCCAGGAGAGGGACAGGGUAAAUCCAGUCACAGAAGCAGAGGGGUGGAAGCAAAUACAGAAACUGUUCAACAGAAAAUCCCCCAUCAACAGUCAGCCUGCACUUUCAAUGACUCUGAAACUCCUAUUAAACAUGAAAGAGCUCUCACAGCAGAGAAACUCUUCAGCUGCUCAGACUGUGGGAAGAGUUUCAGUCAGCGCUCAUGCCUUAUUGAUCACCAGAUAAUACAUAGAGGAGAGAGACCCUAUAACUGUUCCAGUAGCGGAAAAGACUUUGAACACAGGUCAGAUGAUGAUAAACACAAAAGAGCCCAUACAGGGAAGAAACCCUUCAGCUGCUCAGAAUGUGGGAAAACCUUCAGUCGGAGUUCAAAGCUUGUUUCACAUCGGAGAACCCAUACAGGUGAGAAACCUUUCAGAUGCUCUGACUGUGGGAAAAGCUUCAGUCACAGGUCAAACCUUGUUGUACAUAGGAGAACCCACACAGGAGAGACACCCUUCAGUUGCUCUGACUGUGGGAAAAGCUUCAAGGAAAGGUCAAGUCUUGUUACACAUAUGAGAACCCACACAGGGGAGAAACCCUUUACGUGCUCUGACUGUGGGAAAAGCUUCAGUCAGACUUCAAAUCUUAUUGCUCAUAGGCGAACCCACACAGGAGAGAAACCUUUCCACUGUUCUGACUGUGGGAAAGGCUUCAGUCGGCGCUCAUGCCUUAUUGAUCACCAGAUAAUACAUAGAGGAGAGAAACCCCAUAACGUCUCAGAUUGCGGAAAAGGCUUGAAGCACAGGUCAGAUGAUGUUAAAUGCAAAAGAGCCCAUGCAGGGGAGAAACGCUUCAGCUGUUCCGACUGUGGGAAAAGCUUCAGUCGGAGUUCAAGCCUUGUUUUACAUAGGAGAACCCACACAGGAGAGACACCCUUCAGUUGCUCUGACUGUGGGAAAAGCUUCAAGGCGAGGUCGGACCUUGUUAAACAUGUAAGAACCCACACAGGGGAGAAGCCAUUCGCCUGCUCUGACUGUGGGAAAAGGUUCAGUCAAAAGCCAAAUCUUGUUGCUCAUGGGAGAACCCACACAGGAGAAAAACCUUUCCACUGUUCUGACUGUGGGAAAGGCUUCAGUCGGCGCUCAUGCCUUAUGGAUCACCAGAUAAAACAUAAAGGAGACACACCCUGUAACUUCUCAGAUUGUGGAAAAGGCUUCAAACACAGGUCAGAUGAUGAUAAACAUAAAAGAGCCCAUACAGUGGAGAAACCCUUCAGCUGCUCAGACUGUGGGAAAAGCUUCAAGGAGAGGUCAGGCCUUGUUAAACACAAAAGAACCCAUACAGGAUAGAAACUCUUCACCAGCUCUGACUGUGUAAAAUGCUUUAGUCACACUCACACUUGAUUCAUCACCAGAUGAUAACAAACAAGAGCAAUACUUCCUAACUUCUUUGAUUGCGGAAAAGGCUUCAAAUACAGGUCAAACUUUAUUCAACAUAACAGAACCCACACAGGGGAGAAACUCUUCAGCUGCUCUAUAGGGAAAGUUUGAGACAGAGUUCAAAUCUUGUUAGACAUCUCAGAACCCACACACAGGAGAAACCAUAUAAACCUGAGUUCCCUUUUUUUGAAGCCUGGGUAAAAUACAGCCUGUGAGCUGGAUCCAACCUGCUAAGCCAUUAGAUCUGGCCUGGAGAGGGAGCCGGGUUCCCCAGGCAUGCUCCUCUGCAGCCAUGCAAGCCACUUAAUUAGGAAUGUUCAAUUUAGUUGUGUCAACUUAUCAGCUAUUUGAUGGAAUUUCCCUGCAUUAGUCAAUACAAGUAUGUGUACACUUGCAUCCUCUUUCGAUAGAGGGAUGCAAAUACAGACAAUCGAAAUUGUAAAUGAAGCUGGGGUUUAAAUAACCCACGCUUCAUUUGCAUAAUGGUGUUAUGGUGCUAUUUCAAAAUAAAAAUGCUAUGAAGAUGUGGUUAUUUAAAAAGAAAGCCCUUCUUCUGAAAUAACUGUUCAACCUCAUUUUAUAAGUAAUAAGCAUGUGGCCGGCCAGGCAGGCAGACUUGGCUGCUAGUUGGGAAGUCUCCUGGCUUAGCCUUCCCCUGGCACUCCAUUCCCCAACCCUUUGCCCUGCCCCCUCCUGUAUCCAUACCCUUUUCCAGGUCUGAAACCCCUGUCUCCUGCUCCAGAUCACAAUCUCUUCCUACCCUACGUCACAUCCCAAAAGCCUGCAUCCCAAUCCCCUGUUCUAGGUCACAACUGCCUCCUUCACCCAGACUUCCUCCCAAACUCAAUUCUCCCUCCUGCAGGCCAGUCCCUUACCCCAAGCCCCCUUCUGCAUCCAACCUCCAUCCCCAAUCCUGCACCUCCUCCAUUAAUAGCAUGGAAGAGUGCAGUCCUUGGCCACUUUACAAAAUCUUGGAAUGGCCCCUCAUCAAAAAACAUUGCCCAGCCCUGCUUUAACCUCUAUCUUAGCCCUGAGGCCCUUAUCUCCAGCCCCACCCCAGAGCCAACUCUCAUACCCCUGCUCCUCAAUUCUUUGGAUUGCACAAUGAAAGGUUAAGGGCUGGAGCAAAGUGCUAGUCUCCAGUCUUGCCACAUGAACUUAGUUCCGUGCACCCAUUUGGAAAUGGUAUGCCACACAUUUCCUCCUUAUUGGUGCCCCUAACAAACAUCAUUCUGCACAGGUGUGGGAAAAAUUCAGUGGACCAUUGUUUAUGAAUGUCCAGCCUGUAAUACAAGACAUCGGUCCUUGUUAGAGCUAAGAGAAGCCACACUGCAGAUAAACCCUUCAGCUUCUCCUGUGCCACAACCAGCAUCGCUCCUUCUACAGAAGGUGGUUAUAAAAACCAGUUUCACCAAAUCCAAGCAGGUUCUCACGAUCCCCAGGGAUUGGCCACACUUUCAAGUCCAUUUAUACCUUAAAGCCUACGUACAAGAGCACACUGCCAGUCCUUUAGAAUUUAAAAUCAAAAGAUUGAUCACUAAUGAAAGGAGGAAAAUGUUGAGACUAAAAUUGUUAAAGGAAGCAAACUACAUACACCAGUUGCAGGGUUCAGGUUCAGGUUUUACCUGACACAAGUAAGACUACUCAUAUGCACCCCCCUCAGCAUGGAGCCCUGGGCAACCGCCCUGGUAGCUCAGGUCUCAGAAUGGCAGUGCCUACAAAGAUACUGGUUUGAAAGGAAAAGGUGAUGGGGCUAUUAAAAGGCUUCUUCAUUGGCAGGGUCAUUGUGCUGGUGGAUUGCUUAUUUUGUGGAUGACUGGGUGCUUGCACAUGCAGCUGAGCUUUGCAGAGCAGAAUGAUGCAAGUCGUGAGUAACUCAGCACUUCUGGAAAUGGGAGUGGAAUAAAAAGUAUAUUUUCUAAAAAAAAAAAAAAUCCUACUCGAGUAGAAGUCAAAGUAUUGCAAAAAUACAUUACUUAAGUACAAAUAUGCAAAAAGUGUACUUGUUAUAUAACAAAAUAUUUCUACUUAAGUUACUUUCCAAGUCUGGCAGGGCACUCAUUUACUUAAAGGGGAAUUAGCUCAAGUGGCAGAGUGCUUGUUCAGUAUUUGAUAGGUAGUGUGACUGAUACCCCCAUUCUCCAGUAAUGGGGAGUCCCCUUUUCACUGACCGAGCCAGACAAAGGGGCUCUAGGGACCCUCCCUCUUCCUGCUUGCUCUCCAUAAGGAGAUAGCGACAGGCCUAGGGGGGCAGAAUUGCUCAGGUGGGAAAGUAGCAGCUGCCUCCCUUAGGCUGAGGCAUUGGCUGCUUUCUUGCUGACCUAUUAUGACAGCCAUUUGCCCCUCCCCACAAAGCUGAUUGGCUAGUAGAGAGCGCCACUAAAGGGCACAAUCACUUAGCACCCUGUCAUGCACUGAGUGAUUGAGCAGAGCAUUGGGAGGGACUUGAUGGCAUCUUAGCUGUAGGUCAGGUCACCCACAGGGUCCCUGAGCACCACAACUUAGAAAUCCAAGACACUUUCCAUUGUGCCACAGAGCCCCACAUGCUGCACAACCUGACAUCUCAUCGCCCUGCUUUUCAGCAUGACAGUUGGUAGGGUAGAAGAAAGGGAAGCCAGGUCUGUCUUUUUGGGAGCCCUAGUAAGAAAAGAGGAGUUAUUGGAAGAGCUUAGCCCCUGAGUUGACUCUUCCAGUGAAAACAAGGAAUGACACUGCCCCUGCCACUGGAGAAUGUAGCAUCAAUCCCAUUGCCUCCAUCAUGCAACCCUAACCUACCUCCCUUGCUACCAGGGGCUGUGUAUGUGUCUGCCAGGGGUAGGGAGGAGGGAUGUGUGUACCCAGCCAAUGUGAGAGGUGUGCCUUUGGGGGAGAGGAUUUCUGUCCCUCCUGCUCCCUACUUGUCUGGCCCCGGUGGCCUAAUGGGCAAGGAAAAGGUGGGAGGGAGGCAGGCUAAUCCCAUGAACAUGAUUUGUCAGUGCCAAGCAUGACAUCAUAAUCAAACAUGGGAGUAAUUCUGGGUUACCAGAAAGAUCCUUGCUACAUGUCAAAACCUGGGAUUGAACCAGGGGCUUUUAGGCUAAGGGUCACCCAUCUGAGCUACUUUGGCUGCUGUAAGUGAAUGUGUCUGGCCUGUAAUUCUGUUUGGGUACGUCUAAACUACAUGCCUCUGUCAGCAGAAGCAUGUAGAUUUGUUUGUUCA